AUGGUGGAGCUCCGCCUGCGCCUGCGCGGCGCCGCCGCCUUCGGCGCGGGCCUCGCCGUCGGCCUGCUGGUCACGCUCGCGCCGCCUCGCAUGCAGGAAAGGAGACGCCGCCUCGCGGCGCCGCCGCCGAAGUGCCUGCCGCGCGAGCGCCAGACGUGGCGCGCCGCCGAGUUUGUCGAAAGAGAACGCGCGCACGCGGCGCUCUUCGGGCCGCGGAGCCCCUGGACGGCGCCCGGCAUCGGCUCGGUGCUGCUGCAGCACAAGGAGGCGCCUCGACCGACGACGCGCUACCAUCGCCGCCUCCUCAACGGCACGAGGCGCUUAACGGACGAGGAGUACCCGGCGCACUGCGCCGAGGUCGACGCGGCCAUCGUGGGCGGCGCCCGGAGCCCGGGACGGUGCCUACUGCUCGCGGAGACGAACUCGAAGGCGCUCCCCUACCACGUGCUCACCUACAAGCGGACCGCCGAGCGGUGGGCGCUC